CUUCAAUGAAGUGAGGAAAAAUCCCACAACAGAAAACCCGAGUACAUUUCACAGAUCACAUUCAAUUACAGAUGGACCUGAUAUCAAGUGGAUACCAGUUGUGAAACGGGUCAAAAUCAGUUCCCGUUUCCAGAUGCGACCCGGCAACAUCAGAAUUUUCUCUCGACCGUCCUCAUCUCUCGCUGCUCUCCUGCGCAGCCAAUCUCACAAACCAAGAUUUUGGGAUAAGAAACCAUCAGCCAUGGCUGACGUGCCGAGCACAACGGAGACUCUCAAGCCGUCUCAGCCUUCUGGCAUAAAUCGGCAGAAGCAACAAGGGAAACGGCCCUUCCAACAUGGCUCCCAUCGCAAACCUGCGAAGCAUAGGAAAAAGCAGAAGGCGCCCCAGGAGGGCUCACACGAGGAGGUGCUCCUGGCUGAUGUACAGGCUCUGUUAGCAUCUCAGAAGAUUGGGGAUGAAGCUGUGGCUGGCACCCUCGAAAACGAGGCCGUGGCUUUGCCAGAUGUUGGCAGUGAGAUCGAGGUCGAAGUCGUGGAGCUCUCGUCUACCGGUGAAGGGCUGGCAAAGCAAAAAGGGUCAGACCACAUUUACGUGGUCCCAUUUGCGGUUCCGGGAGACACGCUCAAAGUCAAGGUAUAUCGGCACAACCUCGACGAAGGGUACACUGCGGCCGAUUUCAUCUCGGUCGUUAAGCCUUCUGAGAUGCGCGACGACAGCCGGAUCCAGUGUCCCUACUUUGCGAAGUGCUCUGGCUGCCAAUUCCAAAUGCUGGACUACGCACAGCAGCUCAAGUUCAAGAGGGACAUUGUUGUCAAGGCCUACCGCAACUUCUCUCAGCUACCACCCGAGCUGGUGCCCGAGAUCCUCGAUACCAUCGGCAGCCCAUUGCAGUACGGCUAUCGUACAAAGCUCACGCCUCACUUUGAUGCGCCGCCAAACAACCGGCGGCGCGGGCCUCAGAAGCCUCAUGAAAAGAUGCCCCCUUUCGGUUUCACCCCUAAAACAAGCCGUCAAGUUUUGGACAUCGAAGAUUGCCCAAUCGCUACCGAUGCCGUGCGCAAGGGGCUAGCCGAUGAGCGAUUCCGUUUGGCACUCGAAUACGGGAAGUACACGAAAGGGGCGACCAUUCUCCUGCGCGAGAGCACCAAACGAAUACCCAAAUCCUCACCCAGUGAAGUAGUCCCAGUACCAAGGGGCAUACCCCCUGACGCCAUCCGCGUCGAGACAGACACGCACGUCGACUUUAAGACCUGCAUAACCGACAACAACGCCACCAGCACAGAAUACAUCGACUCUUUCGUCUUCACCAACCCCGCGGGCUCCUUUUUCCAAAACAACAAUUCCAUUCUCCCCCCCUUCACGGCCUACAUCCGGGAGCACAUCCUCCCGCCUGCAAGCAACACACCCGCCGCAGGUUCCGCCUCCUCCAACAAGCUCAUCCGCAAUUUGAUCGACGCGUAUUCCGGCUCGGGCCUCUUCACCAUCACGCAGUCCUCCCUCUUCUCCUCGUCAGGCGGGCAAAGCAUCGGGAUCGACAUCGCGGAGCAGUCCAUCGCGUACGCGCGGCGCAACGCGUCCCUCAACGGGCUGCGCGAGGACCAGUGCCGCUUCGUCGCCGCCGACGCGCCCGAGCUGUUCAAGAGCGUCGGCGGCGGCGCCUACGACCCGGACGAGACCGUCGUGGUGCUGGACCCCCCGCGCAAGGGCUGCGACGCGAGCUUCCUGCGCCAGCUGCUCCAGUUCGCACCCCGCAGAGUCGUGUAUGUGAGCUGCAACGUGCAUACCCAGGCGCGAGACGUCGGCAUGCUCGUUCGGGGUCAAAUUGACGGGGCGUUGUUGGGUAAGAGGGAGGAGGAGGUUGGAGGGGCCGGGAAGGGUGGGGAGGAAGGGGAGAAGAAAAGGGUGAGGUAUGCGAUUGAGAGUAUUAGAGGGUUUGAUUUCUUCCCGCAGACGGCUCAUGUUGAGGGCGUUGCUGUGCUGAACCGGGUUGAUGGUUAAUCGUCUAGACGGCGGGGGCGAUCUCAUUGCAGCAACGGGAGUUGUUUGAACAGGUGGUCUUCCUAGAUGUACACUACGGUGGUGCUUUGACUGCUGUAAAUGGCUAUCUCGAACAAGACUAAUCCAACCCAGAGUGUGGCGGAAACCAAAACACCGGCCGAUUGUUUGACAAUGCAUAUGAAAAGGGGUAUCCAUGUAUCUAAGCAAAGGAGACGAGUACGGUAUAGAGGAAAUAACGGGAAGGGGAAAAGGCGAUGU